AGAGAAUAUAAAAAAACAAAAAUAAGGUGAGGUUUGGUUUAGAGAGAGGAAGUGAAAAAAAAUGGAGCUGAAUGCAGUGAAAAAAUAUUUAGAGAAAGGAGGAGAAACAUCAUCGUUGGUAGAUGGAUUGCCUCCGAGGUUCUUGGAACCCUUAAUAUUGAAUGCCCUUAGCGUCGAUCUCAUCGAACCUGGGCGCGUCGUUUGUUCUAUGAAGAUACCACCUCGUUUACUCAAUUCUGGGAAUUCGUUACACGGUGGUGCCACCGCUGCGUUGGUGGAUGUGGUGGGGUCGGCUGCAAUUCCCACCGUUGGAUAUUCAGCUCCCAAUACGGGGGUUUCCGUUGAGAUCAAUGUUACAUACUUGGAUGCUGCUUAUGUCGAUGAGGAGAUUGAGAUCGAGGCCAGGGCUCUGCGUGUAGGGAAGGCUGUAGCUGUUAUCAGCGUGGAAUUCAAGAAGAAAAAGACUGGCAAAAUUUUUGCACAGGGGCGUCAUACCAAAUAUCUUGCCCUUACCAGUAAAAUGUGAAAGGCACCAAAUAUGCACUGAAGUAAACGGGUUCAAUGUUGGCUCACCUUAGUAUCUGGCAAAUAUAUCUAGAUAUCACUUUACCUCAGUUGUACAUGUUGGAUGUUACCUUGAAUUUUCAGUAAGUUCAUAUUGAUGUGCAGGGGCAGCUCCUCAUUGUUAAAUGAAGAAGCCAUGGCCUCUUCAAAAUUGUUCUCUACUUGUUGACUGAAUGUUAUAUGUAGAUUUGACCUCUACAAAAUAAUUUUUACUUAAACCUUUGUCUAAUGGAUUUAUUUAAA